UUAAUAAUUUUUAUCUCUUCGUUAUCUUCUUAAUAAUUUUUCUUAAAAAUGAAUUCACUAGUUAUUCUUUAUAAAAUAUUUCGUAAAUUUUAUAGAGAAUUAAAGCGCAUAGAAAAAAUUUUCUUGUAUACAUAUAUUAUAGAUAUGGUCACAUAUAGUUUUCUGUUCAUUGCCACUAUGGUCUUAAGUGGAGAUGCCGAAAUUAAUUACAUACUUUUUCCAAUAUUACUUUUUCCUACAAUAUCAGGGUUAAUUAUGUUCUAUGGUAAAACUGUUUACCAUGGAUUAGCAUUCCUUGGUGUACAUUCGUUUCCUGUUUUUGGAGGAAUAUCUUAUUUUUUCACUCAAUAUUUUCAUUGCAGAGACAAAACUACCGUAUGUAACGCAAAUAAUCCAAUAUAUUAUGCAGGUGUGGGUCUUUUAGUUGCACUUGUAGUUAUAUUUCAAUUGCUACAUACAUUAUAUGUGUACUUAAUAUGGAAGAAAAGAAUAUGGCCUUUAGUAUAUGAAUUCAAACAUUCUAGACAUGACGAGAUUAAGGGGAUGCAUGCAACCUAUGAAGUACAAUUUCCAUUGUUCCAUGCCCAAACUAUGAUGAUAGGGUUAUGGUUAGUUGCCUAUUUGACAGGAGUAAUUGGUAUAGACCUGGUUUUACUAACAAAAAGACGAAUUAGGGCUCGAAAUUUAUUUAUAAAUUAUCUAGUGCCAUUUAACAUAAUUUUUCUUUAUUAUUCGUUUUUUAUGCUCAAAGGUGUGAGGGACGAAAAACGUUAUUUGAUGUACAUUGUAUACGUCGGAAAUGUUAUUCAAGCCAUAUUCUUAUAUCUUGAUCUGGAAAGUUACUGUAAAAAAUACGCUUUUAUUAAAAAAUUAGAUUCCCCGUUACAAUGCCUUCAGUAUAAUAUGGUUAUUAAUAUGUUUUCUUUAUACGCGUGUUUAUGUUGGAUUGUUUUGGCAUUAUCAACAUGGAACACCAUUAGGUGUCAUAAAAAUUUCAAUAAAAAUAUGUCAACAUAUAUAACAUACGAACCAGCUCCUCCCGAAUUUAAAACCGGGAGAAAAUUUGUAAAAAGAGAAUCAAGUGAGCCAAAGUAUUCACACAUCGUCUAAAUAAACAAAUAAUUGAAGAUUAAUAUUAUAAAUUUUAAAAAUAGAUUUUAAAGCUAAAUUUUUUUAGAAAAAUGUACAAUUAUUUAACAAACUAAAUAACGUAAAAGUUUAAUAUAGAUAAGUUUUCUCUCUAACAAAUGAAAUAACUAAAG